AUGAUCAAGGAAACUCAUCUCUUUAUCUUUAAAGAUGCGUCAUGGAGCGAUGUCUUGGCAGCCAUUCCGUUCUCACUGGAGCCGGAAAACCACCGGAGUCUUAUCGAGUACAAACUGGACCAGCUUUGGAACCACGCCCAUGCCACGCCCAGUCCCGUCCUCCCGUGCCUGUCCGUCCGCACGGCCUUCGACCUCUACCUAUCGGUCAAGAAGUUCCCGAGGGGUUCGGAGAUGGUGUUCUGCGCCAUCAACAUCCCCGACAUGGCGAGGAUCGUUCGGCAUCAUGGCCUCAAACUGGUAGCCGUCGAUGUCGAUAUGGAGACGAUGACCCCAAAGGUAGAACAUGUGAAAUCCCUCAUCACACCAAAGACAGUAGCCAUAUUUGUGGCCCACCUCUACGGUCGUUGGAUCAACCUUGAGGACAUCGUGGCUGUUGCCAAGGAACAUCAUCUCGACGUCCUGGAGGAUUGUGCAGAAUCCUUCUGUGGCCUCCAGGACCACGGUCACCCAGCUGCGGACGUCACUUUCUUCAGUUUCGGUCUCAUCAAGACCAAUACAGCCUUUGGAGGUGCUAUUGCCGUGGUGCGGGACCCUUCCCUCCUGUCCCAGAUGCGGACACUCUACCGUUCCUACCCGAUCAGAGGCCGGGCUACCUACCUCAAGAAACUCAUCAAGUACUCGAUGCUAAUGACCGUUCUCAACUCACCGUUCCUCGUCAAGCAUGGCAUGCAGCUCGCCGGCGCCUUGGGUAUCAACCAUCGGGACAUCAUCGUGAACCAUGUGCGAGGGUUCCCCAAGGAUUUCUUUGACAACAUCAGGAUGAGACCUAGUAUCACCCUGCUCUGUAUGCUCUAUAGGAGAUUGAAGAACUUUGACCCCAACUCCUUCAGCCUUGGAAAUGUCAAAUGUGACAUCGUAAGUAGGAGAUUGCCACCUGGGAUGCAAGGUGUGGGACUGAAGGCUGAAAAACUAAACCAUUGGCUCUUCCCUAUUGUAGUUGAUAAUCCUGAACGAGUGAUGAAGGAGCUUAAUGCCCGCGGCGUCGAUGCGUACAAAGGAGCAACUCAACUGAGCUUGAUAGAAUCCGAUGUAGCAAUCCCAAGGAACCUUGUCAACCCUUCAGAGAAGGUCCAGGGGACUCCUGACCAAUCUCUAGGAUCUACAGAGGACACUACCGGUUCAGGCAAGACUACAUCCUGUGAUGAGGAUGGGGGCUUUGGAGAAUCUAGAGACACGGCUGGAUAUGGUUCUGAACUUAGUAAGGAAUUGUUCCAUGAUGAAAGUCCAAAGUAUGUAAGUAUUCACUCCAAAGAGGCUGCAGGACAGUCCAAUAGCCAUCUGAGAGAUCUUCCCGCUCAAAGCCAAAGCAGCAAUACUGAAGCUACAGAGACUGCACAGCAUAUGUUGCUGCGUCUUCCAGAUUCUGAAAAGCAGUCUCAGAUUUGUGUAGCUCGAGAAGGCAUCACUGGGGUCAGUACAGGACUACAGUGUGCACACGUGCCUAAUUGUGGAACUCUUACCACAGCUGGAUCAGAAGGCCUCUCUUCAUUAAUGCACACCCAGUUGAAGAAUCAGCAAGUCAGCUCUGAUUCAAGUGCACAAAGACAGCUAAAGCGUUAUCUAAUUGACUUGCAUCCUUACUCUGAUGUCCCUGACCAUUGUGAACCCCCUUUAAGCAACUCAGAGACAUCUCUGAAUCAUAGAAAAUCCAGUGACAAUAUAUCUUCCACUCGAGGUUCAAACUACCUUUCAGGAACUCAUAGUUCUGAUGACAGCAAUAAAUCCUGCAGUGAUCCCAGUUCUGUUCCUACUCAGAUGAAAUCAAGACCGCUACCAUAUGUUGCAAACCAACUGUCUGGAGGUGGUAUCCAAGGGGGUGCAGGACAAGCAGGGGAAUUCCCUAAUAAGACUUCAUGUGAUUCCCCUAGUGGGACUUCAUCAUGGAACUCCCCCAGCGGGACAUCAGGAGAUUCCCCAAAGAGGAUUCUAGGGAACUCCCUGGCAACACUGUCAGGGAAAUACCCUGAUGAGGCAAGGUACCUGAUGGACCAUGUGGUGUACCUGCCCGUCCACAAGAAGGUGUCCUUCCAUUAUCUGGAGCAGAUAUGUGUUGUCUUGGAAGAAGUGGCAAGUAUGCUUGCAGAGGAAAAACAGGUCAAGGCCCACAGCAAGCUUUGAUGAUAUUUAAAUAAACACAUUAUGUCGAUAAUUUGUUUUCCAGGGGUGGAGUUGAAGCUUGGUUCAAGGUGACAAUUUGCCCACCUUGGCCUUAGUCUGAGGACAUGCAUAAAAAGUCUGUGGGAGAAACUUCUGUCUGGCAGCCUUGGGUCUCGAAACUCCCAGACGUGAAUCUCCCAGACUCAAAAACUCCAAGCCUCUAUUCCAUCGCUGUUUUCAUAUUGCAACUGAAUACAACAUAUUUAUAUCUUCUUUGAAGUGCCUUCUUUGGGUGGCAACAAGUUGUAGGAAACAGUCUAAAGGCCUGGAACCCUUUUUUUGUCAAGUUUUUCUCAACUUUCUGGAAUAAAGGAUUGUUUUAUCUUAGUUGCCCUACAUGGAUCCUGAUAAAGGGUUACCAUUUAAUUUUUUUUUCUUAUGCUUUAUUAAAGUUAGAAAUAAUGACAACCUUUCCUUGAUGUUGCAAAGUGUGGUCAAUCAAAACUAAAAGUUAUAAUUAUUAAGCAUCGGCUGCAUUACAGGGAACAGGAACCAACCACCCUCAGUAGGAGGAAAGGAAGAGAGAAUACAUACAUCCAUACAUAAAUAUAUAUAUAUAUAUAUAUAUAUAUAUAUAUAUAUAUAUAUAUAUAUAUAUAUAGGCGCAACUAAGAUAAAACAAUCCUUUAUUCCAGAAAGUCAAUCAAGAAAAAACUUGACAAAAAAGGUUUUCAGGCCUUAUAUAUAUAUAUAUAUAUAUAUACAUAUACAUAUACAAGAGCUGGAUUGUAGAAAUAUUAUACUCCUUUAUUCAUUGCAGAACUGAUACACAGAAAUUAACUCCCUUCUUGUUGUAUUUGCUUCAGAAUCUGAAAAUGUGUGUGGUAUUGCUAGCAAAUAGACAGUUUUGCAAGAAAGGUAAAAGAUAAACAACUCUAUUUUUACAAUGAUAUACCAUUGCCAAUUUUGUAAUUUUGCCAGCAGAAACAUUGCUGCAUGCUUCUGAAAUAGAAUUUACUUUUGCAAAUGAAUGUAAGUCCACAUUUCUUCCAAACCACAAUGCAACUCAAAACUCAUAAUUGAAUAGUUAAUUGAAUGAUUAGAGAUGCCACUUUUAUUAGAAUUUGAAAAAAAAAAUAUUUCAUCAAGAAAUAAAUAUGGAAAGUUAGCGUCAAAUGCGGUGAGUAACUGAAAAUAUUAUAAAGCUUAUACAUUGUUUCAUCAUACUUUCGUGCUUUAUAUUAAAUGUCUAGUUUGUAUUUGUGGUUGCGAAGGCAUUUGGUCAUUUGAUUUUAAGACCUUGUUUAAGGUCUCAAAAGAAACCCUAUAGCUGGAAUACCAAGAAUUCACUUGCUAUUUUAAAUAUUUGAUACAUUCAAAUUUUAUAGUUUUGUUGCCAAUAUCUGAUGAAAAUUGAUAUUGUUACAAGGUGACAGGGUAUUAAUAUAUAUGUCCAUUUAUACCAUUUCUCAUCAAAUUGAUAGGCCUAUUUACUUCAAUAAUGUGUAGGGUCCAUUAGGCUUCUCUAUAUUAUAUACAGCACUUUGAAAAGUUUAGGUCAGGGUAUUCAUGGUAUUCAUUUCCUUAAUAUUUGAAUUGAAAAAUUUUAAAGGGAUGCUCCGGGCUGAAAAUAUUUUAUAGCUAAAUAAAUGGAGUAACAUUCACAAAGCAAAAUGCUGAAAAUUUCAUCAAAAUCAGUCUUAAAGAUUUGCAUUAUUCUGGUGAAACAGUUCGAGGCAUGUCUUCAAGGAUAUUCAUUAGGUGGGCUGAUGAUGUCACAUCCCCACUUUCCUCUUUCUUAUGUUAUUACAUGAAAUCAUAAUUAUUUCAUUUUUUCAUAAAUGUUUAAAUGACGUGUCUCCAUUAUUAUGAAAUAAGUUGCAGCAAGAAAUAACUCAUGCACUUAAUCAGUGGUCUAUCCAAUUGUUUUAGUUCUUGGUCGGAAAAUUUUGAAUAAACCUAAUUUUAUAUAAUAAAAUACAAUACAUGCCUAUAGCUGUUUCACCGGAACAAUGCAAAUGUUUGAAAUCCAAUAACUUUGUUAUUUGUUAUCCGAUUUUGUUCAAAUUUUCAUUAUUUUGCUCUGUGAAUUUUACUCUAUUUAUUGAGAUAUAAAUAUCUUCAGCCCGGAGCAUCCUGUUGAGAUCUGUUAGGCUAGGAAUCCUCAUGUUUCUCCCUCAGAGUUUUUCUUUGAUUGCCAUAGAGGUUUUAUGGCUCAGCAGAUAAGUGACCGGACUUUGAACAACAAUGUCCGUUGUUCAAAUCACAACGCAGAACUCACAUCCUCUGGCAAGGCGUUUAUCUACAUUUGCCACUCUCCACCCAGGUGUAGUAAAUGGGUACCCGGUAUGGGAGGAAAUUCCUUGAUUGCUUGAGCACUCGAUCAGGAUAGCCGUGCUUAAGUUCAGGUAAUAGUAUGUAGCGCUAAGGAACAUUGCAUUAAGUGCUAUGUAAAGGUGGCAUAUUAUUAUUAUAAAAUUACUGUAAUUAUUUUCGUAUAAAGCAUGAUUAACUAUUACGUAAGAGUUCCUAUUAUACAUUGUUCAAGUGGCGCCAAUGUUGCUUUAGUCUGUUUUGAUACAAGAUACAUCUCCAAAAGGUAAGACCUGAAAUAAAAGAACUAACCAACCAACAGCUCUUUAUAAAUAAAACUUCCCUUUUAAUGGUUGAAAGGAUAGUAUGUUCCCUCUUUCAACUUAUUAGCAAUACAUUUUGGGGUUUUUAGUCUCAAUGUCAAGGGUAUUUUUUUCGUUAUCAAAUUAUAUAGUGAAUUUUAAUCACUAUUGCUUGUUCUAAAGAUUACUCUUGUUAUAUAGAAAGUAAUCAAAAUAGAAUUCACAGGAAUGUGAAUCUGAAAUUUGCAAUAAGAUCAUAUAGAUUCAUGGCAUGAACUUUUAAAUGAAGAUUAUAUUGUAUUUUUGUAAAGUAAGCACAGAAAACUGAGGUAAUUUUUUUUUUGCACCUAAUGCUUGGAGACUGUUUCUCCAAAAUUUCCCUAGAGGGUAUUGGUUUGGUAGGAUUUACAAGUCUUUUAUUUGUUGUGGUGAAAGCAUUUGCCAUUUUAUCUGUAGCAUUAUUUCUGAAAUAACUUUAUAUAAAUGCCUAUACAAGUUGUAUUUAUUAUGUUUGCAAUUUCAUGUGAGUAUAUUUUGUAGGGUGGGUGUGAAAUUAAAUUUGCUUUUAUUAUUAUUUGAGCAUAAAUAUCAACAAAUGCCAGAUUUUUAAAUGGGGGUAAUUCUCCAGCCUAUCAUGAUUAGCAAAAAGUAGAAACAACGAAACUGGUAGGGCGCCCUCUUGCCGUUUACUUUGUAUAGUUCUUUUCUUGCUGAUGCCUGUUUUAUUGUGCUUUUGGACGGGAAAUAAGUAAGCACAUUUCUUUUAAACUUUUGUAUAUUUAUUUUGAACAGAAUCGAAAUUGUCUUUGAAUCUAAUAAGGGGUGAUUGAUGGGAAUUCUGGCUUUAUAGGAAUUGAUGUUUUCUCUUCCGAGAGUAUAUAGUAUGAGACUAAUUUUAUUUAUUACUAGUAUUAUUUAUAUAUGUAUCGACUGUACAUAAUAGUUUAUUAAUGCUUUCCAGUAUAUAUUACAUUCCUUAGAUUUGAAUAAUAUAUCUAUUUAUCAAUAUCUAAUAGUAUCUGUGAUAUCUCAUUGAUUAUGUUCACAUUUUUACUUGAAAAGUGAAAUUCUAUAAUAUAAGUUCCGUCGGUGUUUUGUGUAUUUAUGAUCAAACACAAUUGAAUAUCCCCCAUAUGCACACCUUAUUGUUGUUGGGUUGUGUUUGCGUGUUUUUUUUUUUUUUUUUUUUUUUUUGCAUAUCGAACAUUUUUCUGUCCAAUUGCUGUUCUGGUGAAAAUUCAUGAUGAUUGCUUUUCAAUAUCGAAAGUCUACUUCCUAACAGUUAUAAUUUCAUGCAGUGCAUGUUUCAUUUAGCUGUUGUGAAGUUAUGAACACCUUUGUUAAUGGCUGGAGUAUGAAGUGCCAAAUGUGAGCUCAAAGUUUUCCCUGGCGGCAUAUGAAAUAAUCAUGUACUAUGAAUAUUUUAUGAAUAAUUUUUUUUUCAUUAUAAUGUUUUUUAAAUCCAAGUUCCACAUGCAGUUGUGGUAGCAGUCAUAAAAUGAAUUCCAAAAAAAUGGCUACCAAGUAUUCAUACUCACAAAUGUUGCACCUUGGGUACAGGUCUGGGUGCUAAUUAGAGGGUUUUAGGAGCAGUGAACGUGAACGACGUAACAGUCCUCUGAUCCUUCGAGUCAACGUCGUCGUCUGCCCGGUCGGGUGAUGCGAAGGUGCAACUUGUGCACAUGUGCCCUUUCACUUGCUUUGAUUCCUUUUUACGCGAGUUAGGAUAUAUUUAGAUGUAUAUUUUGGAGAUCAGAAAGCAAUUUCAAAUAUGAUAAACAUAAUUCAUCGUACAACUUACAUUAAUUUUGUGAAAAGUCGCUGAAAACUGUGUUUUAAAAGAGAAAGGUUGAUCUUCAUGCUGGGCUUGAACGGUUGAAAUGACGUCACUCACGUGCACGUCGUCUAUGAUUUAGGAGAACCGCAAAAUGGAUGUGGCGAGGUUCUUGAUUUUGAGAGUGGACGUGUGGGAGGUGUCACGCGCGUAAAACAUUCCCCAUAGACUUGUGUGUUAAAAUGGCACUUUUGAAAAAUUCAUAAAAAAUAAAUGUGAAAUUAGAGGGUGGAAUGUUUACUACCAAUGGAUAGGAUAUAUAUCUGACAUUCCAAAUCUGACCAGGAAAGGGUACCGUAGCCAGCUCAUUUUAAAAAUAAAUCGCCAUUUAUGAAGAUAACUAUGAAUCGAUCGAAUUCAUCAACUGAAACAGUAAAAUAGCCCUAAUUAUUCCGCCAGUCAAAAAAUAGUUCCAAGUCACUUAUUUAUCUUCCCAUUUUGGGCGAAGUAAGUUCAGUAGUUACCAUUUCUAGAAUCAGUGUUAGAUUUUGAAUCACAUUCAUACAUUUUUGUCAAUCAGCAAUAUCAAAUUGACACAAAUUCGAAUGGGUUGGGUCGAACGAAUAUCUUUAGCCCUCCUGAUGUAAUUAGGCUCGUGGGACCUAUAUUAUAUGACCUAUGUAUUUUAUUUUUUUGAAUAGCUACUUUGCUAUUCUUUUAUAUAUGUACACUCACACUAGUACAAAGAAAUGCAUUGAAAAUGCCUAUUUUCUAUGCAAUCACCCAUUUUAAUGUGUUACCCAUACAUGUUAUUUUCACUGUAUAUGGAUGUAUACAAAUCCUACCUGCAUAUAGCCCAACAGUGAAUGCAAUGACAAUAUAGGUCCCUAUUAAUUGUAAUAUAAAGGUGUAUGUAAAUUAUGUGUAGAUAUCAGGAUAACAGAAUUGCCCCAAACAUAAAUACCAAAUAUACAUGAGAUUGGAUGAGGAAACAAUAAAAGAAUGAGAUACUACUUUAGUAUAUUUGCAUUUGACCUAUUCAAAAUCUUGCUAGGGCUGUUGCCUCUCAGAUGUAAGAAGGAAGAGAUACAUGAAUAGAUAGAGAGAGAGAGAGAGAGAGGGGGGGGAGAGAGAAAGAUAAUUCUAUAGAUGGCAUGGCUUAAUAAAGGGGGGGGGGCUAUACUAAGAUUGCAGCACACAGCCAGCCACCCCCCCCCCCUCCCUCCUUAGUUGAGCACUAUUAGAUACCUUACCUUACUCUGUGCCCUUUUCUAUAUACCUUCUUGAAGGUACCACUCUAGUUCUCUUCAGUAAAGUUAUCAAAGUUCUAUCUCCUCUCUACCUACCCCCUUCCUAAGAACAAUUUCAACAUGAGCAAUUUCUAAAGGUCUUUCUAAUGCUAAGUAGGUGAUGUACACUAACACAAAACAAUGAUAAAUCAGAACAUAAAGAGGCCUUGACUCUAUACAUUGACCAAUCUACAUACAUUCCUAGGCUACACAGACCUACUUACUAACUUUACCUGAUGUAGCCCUGCUAGCCAUUAAAUCCAUUUUUUGCACCACUUGAUGACUAAACAUAUUGAUAUCAGUGAAAAAUUGUUUGAUACUGAAGAGUUUGGCCAGGUAUUCCAUCCACUACUAGAGAUUUCCCAUAUUACUUAAAGGUGUCACGCGCGUAAAACAUUCCCCAUAGACUUGUGUGUUAAAAUGGCACUUUUGAAAAAUUCAUAAAAAAUAAAUGUGAAAUUAGAGGGUGGAAUGUUUACUACCAAUGGAUAGGAUAUAUAUCUGACAUUCCAAAUCUGACCAGGAAAGGGUACCGUAGCCAGCUCAUUUUAAAAAUAAAUCGCCAUUUAUGAAGAUAACUAUGAAUCGAUCGAAUUCAUCAACUGAAACAGUAAAAUAGCCCUAAUUAUUCCGCCAGUCAAAAAAUAGUUCCAAGUCACUUAUUUAUCUUCCCAUUUUGGGCGAAGUAAGUUCAGUAGUUACCAUUUCUAGAAUCAGUGUUAGAUUUUGAAUCACAUUCAUACAUUUUUGUCAAUCAGCAAUAUCAAAUUGACACAAAUUCGAAUGGGUUGGGUCGAACGAAUAUCUUUAGCCCUCCUGAUGUAAUUAGGCUCGUGGGACCUGGGAGGACGUGAGGCAUAUGGCAGGCCAAAAAAUGGCGUCAUUUCGUACCAGUUAGUAUACAUCUCUAUGGUUGACGUACAUUUCUAAAAGUGCUCAAUGAAUGGUUUAGGACUUUAGAUGGUGUUGCUCAAAGUGGCGGUGUCUUGUUGGAUUUAAGUAAUGCAUAAAUCCAUUUUGUAACAUGACAAACAACAUAUAAUUAGCCCUUACGGCACCAGUAUUUCCUCAUGUGCUCAGGAGCCGAGAUAUUACUGAACUGAUGCUAGUAUACAUAAUUAUUAACUGAAUUGAUUCCGAGCUGUGCAAUGGAUAGCGCCACCUUGAGGCAAAAUUUUAAAGAAGAAAAAAACAGUAAGAAGCAAACUGUACAGGAAUAGAAGAAAAUAAAGAAUUAUGGAUUUCGAAAUUAAAACAACCGUUUCCUCCAUAAAUAAUAAUUUAUGUAAGAAAAUUAGUUUUUAAGUCAAAUAUGGAAAUAAGCAUGUUUCAUUCAACUGUAUUGUUAAAUUUAAAAAUAGCAAAUGUUAUUAGAUGUUAGCUCAACGGGCCAGUAACAGCCGUUUCCUUCUUUUAUUAUUAUUUUGCCUGAAUUUUGAGCAAUAUUUCAUGAGCUUGAUUUUUAAUCAAUUCGGGGUUUUUCAGUUCUUGUCAAUUUUUCCUCCUUCGUCAAUAAUGGGAUCAAUAAAGAUAUUUCAUUAAAAAAUGUU